GGAGGAUAAGCCCAGGAGGCCCUGUCAGGAGAAGAGUACACCUUCCAGGGAGCUGUUAACUUUUCCCGCCCCCCUCUCUCUCUCUCCUCCUUCUCCCCUUCUGCCUUCUCAAAUGUACCCUCCUCCCUCUGGCUGCCCAACCCAGCCUACCUGCUCCAGUCAGGACUCGCAGAGCCCAGUGGGAGACACACACACACACCGAGAAGCCGGAAUACUCUACUGUUUACCACGGACCUGGCACUAACAGAAUCUAAGAGAGACAGAUAGACUGAGAGUCCCAGACACCCAGCCUUCCACUGACUUCCAGCAGGAUGUCUAAAGCUUCACGGCUGGCUCGACCAUCCUCCGCCGGGGCUGGCUCCAAGCUGUCGUCCUCCCGUAAGGAGGCUCCUGGUGGGGCCCGAGCCCGGGUGGUGAGUGUAGGGGAGAAGCUGAUGAGGGCCGGCAGCGACGGGACCCUGACCAAGCAGAGGGCCCUGGCUGCAGCCGCCCCACCUGCACUGCAACAGGCGGACAAACAGCAGCCCCAGAUGCAGUCUCAGACUCAGACCCAGUCCCAAAGCCAGGCACAGACUAUGGACAUGGUGGCCCAACCCAAGAGCAGAAUCAGCCCACCUAAAGCCUCAGCCCUUCCACAGGGCUCUAUGCACAAGCAAACCAAAAGCAACCUAAAGGUGACCGCCCCGGAGGACUCCGAGCACCUGAGCAGGAGGCAGGGCCCCCCGAAUGGGACCCCCACCCGGGCCCAGGACCCCAAAGGUAACAGCAGCCGCAACGUCCCCCGCAGGCACACGUUAGGGGGGGCACGCAGCUCCCGAGAGAUCCUGGCCAUGCAGCCCUCGGACAUGGACAAGAAGAGGGAGGCCUUCCUGGAGCACCUGAAACAGAAGUACCCUCACCACGCCUCAGCCAUCAUGGGCCACCAGGAGAGGCUCCGGGAACAGGUUAGUGACGAACAGUCCUUACAGGGCAUGUUGUCUUCUCUCCAUUCUGAGCUUGACAUUCAGAGGUACUUGCUGAAAAUCCAAUUUCUCCACACAAGCAGAAGCCCUAAACACGGCCUUAGCAGCUCCAGUGUAGGGGACCAGGCUGAGCACCUCUCCCUGGCCUCCCUGGAGUCUCUGGACACCAUGUCAGAGGCUGAUGCCCCCACCACCUUCACCAGAGGCAGCCGCUCCCGCGCCAGCCUGCCCGUAGUGCGCUCCACCAACCAGACCAGGGACCGCUCGCUAGGCGUGCUGUACCUGCAGUACGGAGAGGAGACCAAGCAGAUCCGGAUGCCCAAUGAGAUCACCAGUGGCGACACCAUCAGGGCUCUGUUUGUGAGUGCCUUCCCCCAGCAGCUCACCAUGAAGAUGUUGGAGUCUCCCAGUGUGGCCGUCUAUGUCAAAGAUGACAUGAGGAACAUGUACUACGAGCUUACUGACGUCAGGAAUAUCACGGAUCACUCCUGCCUGAAGGUGUACCACAAGGACCCCGCACAAGCCUUCAGUCACGGCCCAAGACCCACCAACGGCGAUGCCAGGAUGCACAGAGAGGUGAUGUAUGGCAGCAGAGAUGGCCAGCACCCCCCAAUGCGACAGCUCUCCAUGGGCCCCCCUCCACACCACCCCAUGCAGGGCUCCCUGUCCCCACCCACGGCCCACUCCCUGCCCCCCUCGCCCUCCCGGAUCCCCUUCGGCCCGCGCCCGGGGUCCAUGCCCGGCACUGCCACCAUGCCACGGGAGCGCAUCUCCAACGCCACCCCUCCCGCACGAUCCGAGUCCCCCUGCCCCAGCGCCAUCCUGGAGAGGCGGGACGUCAAGCCCGACGAGGACCUGAGUGCUAUGAGUCCCAGCCUAUUGAGGGGUGGAGAGGGGCUGUAUGCCGACCCAUACUUGCUCCUCAACGAGGGGAGGAUGGGCCACGGCCUUGCCCAUGGAGGGCACCCUCCUGCUGGGGACAUUGUGGACCAUGGCAGCCUGGCUGGAUACCACCGUGUCUCUAUCCGCUCCACAGGCUCCUACAGCGGGCCCAGCCCCACCGAGGCCAUGGAACAACCGUCACUCUACCGCCAGAAGUCCAGGAAGUACGGAGACAGCCAGCUGCCUACGCUGGGCUCCAAGACCCCACCCCCCUCACCCCACAGGAUGGCAGAGGUGAGGAUGAUUGACAUCCACGGGGCGCCACCCCCUCCCAGCGGCAUUCCCCAAGAGCGCUCCUCGCCCGUUCGCCAGUCCUUCAGGAAGGAGGAAGUGGUGAAAAGCAGAAGCAGCAUGGCGUCUCCAGUUGUCCCAGACCUCCAGGGUGGUCACGGCCCUAUCCCGCCAGCCAACGACCCCCAGACACGAGAGCGAAUGAAGGCUAUGGAGCAACAGAUUGCCAGCUUGACUGGUCUUGUUCAGCAUGCACUUUUAAAGUCCCCAAACACUAGUGGCACCAACGAGGCUCUCAGCGAACGACCCAUGAAGACAUCAAGACAAGCGUCUCCGGUUCAGAGUGCACACAGUGCAGGAGGUUCCCUUAUCCUAGCACCCAAAAGUGCCGCACUCCCCUCUGAGAGUGGCUCCACCCCUGCACUACCAGGCUCUGCCCCCUUUCAGGCCAACCUGUUCCAGUUCAAGAAGAAUGUCUCGGACCUUCGGCUGCAGCUCCAUCAGAUGAGACAGCUGCAGCUCCAGAACCAGGAGGCUCUAUGUGUGCAGCUGAAGCGGGCUGAGCAGGAGAUCAGUGUAAAGCUGGUGGAGGCAAUGAAACGUCUGGAAGACCCAGUCCAGAGACAGAGAGCCCUGGUGGAGGAGGACAGACACAAGUACCUGGGCUUGGAGGAGAGGGUAUUCAACCAGCUAGGGGAACUGGAGCAUUAUGUGGACACUCUGAAGAGGGAGACCAGCUCGGCGGGGGUUCACAGAGCUGUGACACUGAAGCAUGUGGAAGAGGGGGCUGUUAGCCUCAGGAGAGUGGGAGAAUCUCUGGCAGGACUCAGAGGGGAGUUCCCGCCGCUGCAGACCAGGAUGCGUUCGGUCCUGAGGGUGGAGGUGGAGGCAGUUAAGUUCCUCAAGGAGGAGCCCCACAAACUGGACAGCAUGCUGAAGAGAGUCAAGAGCCUCACGGAGACUCUCAGCAGCCUGAGGAGAUGUGCUACAACCUCAAUAGAGAGCAGCCCAGCCACCACCACCAUGGUGGACCCCGACCCCCCAGCGGAGCCUUCAGCCUCCCCCUCGGCUCUGCCCAAACCCCAGCUCUCCUCCAUCAGGUCCGAGGUGGUAAUGCCCUCCUGCCCCAUGGUCAUCCACCACGUCCAGAGUGCUCCGGUCCAUAUUCAGCAGUCCCAGCAGUCUGCAGCCCUGCUGGUCCAGCCCAGUCCCCCCACAACCCCCACCCACAGCCAGGGCCGGGACUCCCCAAGCUCAGCCAAGGGCUCCACAGGCACCGCCUCGUCCUCCAACUCCAACCCCUCCAGCCAGGGGGGAAGCCCUGCCCAGCAAAAGAAGACCCCUGCUGCCAAUGCUGCUGCCAACCAAGAGCUGCCCACCCAGGCUCCGGUCAAUAACAGCAGCAAUGGGACAGGGAACUUCUUCAUCGAGGAGAUUCACACCAAGAGCAGCAAGAGCAAAAACAGGGCCAUGUCUAUAAAGGCAGCAGAGAAGGAGUGGGAGGAGCGGAGGCAGAACAUGGGCCACUAUGAUGGGAGGGAGUUUGAGAGGAUCCUGGAUGAGGCCCAGGCCAACAUGAUGAAGGGCAUCCCCUGUCUGGAGGUGCCGAGCGAGGGGGAGGCCUCUACAGUGAUCCCUGCUGCCCUGGAGGACCAAGUGGAUUCCCCCAAGACUGUGGCGCCAACCACAGAAGAGACUCCGCCUGAGCCCAGCUCAGACAAACCAGCCAUAGCCAAGCCUGCUGGUCCUGAGAAACUCCCCAAGCCGGUACUAGAGAAGCCCACCACCAAGCCCACCACCCCUUCAGACAAAGUGGGCAAAGUCAGCUUGGAGGCCAGCAAGUCACCUCCCCCUCCUCCGCCCAGAAAGACCUUCCCCACCUCCAGCUCUGGAAUGACCACCACUCGGUCUGGAGAGGUGGUCUACACCAGCAGGAAUGAGUCUGCCUCGGGACAGGAGGAAGAGGAGGCUGAGGUCCCAGUCCCAGCUGCCCAGCGCAAACCCACCAAGAUCCCCCCAGAGACCACACCCUCCACCCCUGCCCCCGUUGCUGUCUCAGCCACCCACCAGGAGGAGGAGGAGGACGACGAGGGGGACAAAAUCAUGGCAGAGCUCCAGGUGUUCCAGAAGUGCACAGUUAAGGAUGUAGGGGUGAAAAGUAGUGUGGUAGAGACACACCCUACUCGAGUUGAGCCCCAGAUCAGAGAGCUAAGACCCGAGGACUUAUUGCCCCUCAAAGAGAAAAAGCAGAGCUCUGAGAACACCCGUGAGGACAAAGAUCCCAACACGGAUGAAAACGGAAACACCACCCCUCUUCGUCAGAGCCCUGGGGUCAUAUACUACGUAACUGGGCAGAUCUCCAAAGAGCAGCCACCACCCCUGGCCCCAGUGGAGGAGGCUCCUGAAUGCAGAGACAACCCAACACUGUCCCCCUCACAGGUGUUAAAUGUGAAUGCUAAUGACAAUUCUCCAAGCCAGCAGCCACAGCAGCCGCAACCGAAACCCCAGCAGUUAGGGCCACCUAUAUCUCCCAAGCCUCUGUUCUUGAAUUGCCCCAGCCCUCUGUCUCAGAAACAGGUGGUGAGCUCAGAAUCGUUGAAGACCAGCCCAGGAAUGGUAGAAGGGGUUCUGAAACACCCAACGGCCAACACUGUAGAUAAGCCUCAGAUAAGCACAGUCAAGAGACUUGAGUCUUCAGUCGUCCAGGAGUCCAGCAUUUCACUUAGUAAGAGUGUUGUGUUGCCCGCUGCAUUGCCUAAAGUCUCUCCACCAAUCACCAUAACAGAGGCUCCUAAGGCAGUGGUGUCUCCCACAGAGAAGGCCCUUAGUGAGGCCACCAAUCAACCCAGAGAUCAGCCCAGACCCAAGUAUGAGGAAAUGGAAGAGGAGGCCUUCCUGAGCCCUGACCUCCCUGGAGAGGAAGGCCCUCCGCCCCCAGACAACAUCGCCUUCAUGAUCACCAACACCAAGGUCCAGGCCCUGUCCUGUGGGGAAUACCAGGAGCUGGUCAAUGCCAAACGGGGCAUCCAGACUGUGACUGUGGGGGGGGGACCUGGGAACCGGGACAUGACCCACACCACCCCGGGCAGCGACGGCGGCAGCUCGGUGGGGUCGCAGGACGACAGCUUCAACAACAAGAAGCCGGUCAUCAUCAUCUUUGACGAGCCCAUGGACAUCCGCUCGGCCUACAAGCGCCUGUCCACGGUGUUUGAGUGUGAGGAGGAGCUGGAGAGCAUGCUGGCCGCGGAGCGCAUAGACGAGGAGGACGAGGAGUCGGAAGAGACAUGGGGGAGCAGCGGCGGACUGCAGGUAAAGGUCAGGCCCGAGGGGGGAGAGAGGGCGGCUGGUCCCAUGGCCGUCAAGGCCCCCAGCGGCGCUCUUUGCUCUUCCAGUAGUAGCUUGUCGCACUCUUCCUCCUCGUCUGCGGAGCUCACCGAAUCGUCCAGCGAAGGCAAGACAGACGGGAAGAAGAAGUUCAAGUUCAAGUUUCCCAAGAAGCAGCUGGCCGCUCUGUCGCAAGCCAUCCGCACAGGCACCAAGACAGGUAAGAAGACGCUGCAGGUGGUGGUGUACGAGGACGAGGAGGAGUCAGACGGCACAGUCCGACAGCACAAGGAGGCCAAGAGGUUUGAGAUCCAAAGCCGCUCCAAACAAUCUGUUCUUCCACCAGACAUGUCACCCAAGGCCCAGGCUCCAGCUGUAGUAAAGCGGGAGCAUUCAGAUUCCCAAGGCAGGACGGACGAGAUCCGGAAGAGCACCUACAAGACCCUGGACAGCCUGGAGCAGACCAUCAAGCAGCUAGAGACCACCAUCAGUGAGAUGGGCCCCGCAAGGCCCCACCAGGAGGAACCAGUGAGGAGUGCAGCCAGCGUGGAGCCCCAGGCUGGGUGUGUCUCGAAUGGGGAGAGUGGAGGCCUGAAGAGGUCCUUAUCACUCCCUUCUAAGAGUUCACUCCCCAAGGUCCCCCAGCCCAAUAAGCCCUCCUCUCUGAGGAAGAAGACCAAACCUCAGCUCCUCCCCAGGCCAGCCGCCCUCCCCACCGCCACCAUCACCCCCAGCCAACAGAACGCAACCAGUGUCGCUUCCCCUACUAGUCGGAUGCCAGUGCCCAUGUCUGCGAAGUCCAGGCAGUCGCCAGGGACUACUACUGACAAAGCAGGAAAACAGCAAAAGCUACAGGACAGCGCUCAGAGGCAGUUCCGACAGGCUAACGGAAGCGCUAAAAGAGCAGGGGAGGGUCAUAAAACUACUUCCCCUACUAUACCUGCCUCUAAAAUUCCUGCUUUUUAUCCUAGCUCUGCUAAAGGUAGCUCCUCCCAGUCUGCUCCAAACUCAGAUGCUACUAACCCUAUUAACCUUUUCCCCUCUUCCAACUCCUCCUCUUCCUUCCCCCACACCACCAAGUCCUCCAUCCCGUCCCCUUACGCCCCCCGCCACCCUGGCUCAGCCCUCCCCACCUCCUCCCACAUCCCCUCCCUCUCUAACGGUUCCUCCCUCAAACUCCCCAAGCCCUCUCACACAGGUAAAGCUCUCUCGUUUUCCUCGCAGACUCAAAACGGCCGAGCACCCUCCUCUUCCUUCUCCUCCUCCUCCCCCUCCCCUCUGUCGCCCACCCCGUUGGGCCCGGGUGUGAAGAGCAUCCGUACCAUACACACCCCCAGCUUCACCAGCUACAGGCCCCAGAAUGGCAGCAGCGGCAAAUCCUGCAUCCCAACCGCCACAGCAGCCAAGGACUCCACUUAGUACAGUAGCCCCGUUUGGGUUACUUCUCUCUCUCUCUCUCUCUCUCUCUCUCUCUCUCUCUCUCUCUCUCUCUCUCUCUCUCUCUCUCUCUCUCUGUCUCUGUCUCUGUCUCUGUCUCUCUCUCUCUCUGGAGCUAGAUAUAUUCAGUUUUGGUUUGUAUUUUGUUGUAAAAAGGGUAAUGGAUGCACUUCCCCAAAAAUUCAUAUUUCAAUUUGAUUUUUCACUGGCAUUCUCACACUGAUGCUUUGACUUCGUUUUAAGUUGCAUUUUCCCUUGGCUGAUGCUUUGAACUUGAAUCCUGGAUUUUAAAAAGGUGUAUUAGAGUACUGAGGAAAUGAUUUUAAAGAUUUUUAAAAAAGACGAUUUUUCUGACUAUCUAAGAAAAAACAGUUGAUGUACAAUCACUAUUACCGUGUAAAAAAAUGUGUUUUAUUUUUGAAAACCAGAGACUGGAUAACCAUAGUAUAUCUUCAUCUUACAUUAUUUCUUGUGUUCUCAUUCAGCAUAGCCCUUGUAAAUGCCUUUUAUGAAUGUAUACUGUAAGUAUACAGACGUUUAAAGUGGAAUUGCGUUGACUUGACUUCUAUUUUGCUAAGAAUAUUUUCUCAUAUAGUUAUCCAUGCACUGCCAAUGUAUUUUUAGGAGAUUUAUGAGGUAUGACAGUUAUUUCUGUAGUUAUUGUGCCUACUUGCCAAAGUUAUGUCAUUUCCUGACUGUGUUACUGUAAUCAUGACAUACCAAGUGGAAACUCUACACAUACACUCAAGGUGUGAUGGCUGAAGUCUUUACCUUCAAUAGCUUGACUGGAGGUCUAUGUUUCUUAACUUAAUGUUUAUUGAUGUCUAAAUGUAUACAGUACUAAAAACAAAAGAAAUUCACAAAAUGGUCUAGCAAGUGUACAUAAAUGCUUUUAAUAAGAACUUCAGUAGCUUUGUUAACAUACCAAAGUGUAUUUGUAUGCAUGCCUUUAAGAUACUUUAGGAGAGUGAUCAUGUUAAAAGAAGAAAUAAGUUUGCACAGAUAGAUUUUGUAAAUAUUUGGUUUGCUCUCAUUUUUGUAAAGCUUUAAACCAUACUACAUAAAAAGCGAUGUGGUAAAGAAUUGUGUUGGAAUAAAAACAAUAAAGGUCUGCAUGCUUGUAAUGCAUUUAA